UGGUGUGGAGUUUGCCCCACAUUUGGGGUAUGGAUACCUUUAAUGUAUGUAUGUAUAUUCAACCCUUACAUGGGCUAUGACAAGUACAGUUUACUUAUAGAAAUUGAGGACCCAGGAGAUCAAAUACAAUUAAUUAUAAAGGACAAUAAUCCAGCUUAGGUCUUUUGACUCCUAAGUUCUUAUUUUUAAGCAUUGAUUGGUUCAGCUUUUUAAUAAUCUCUCUCAUAUGUUGAAAUAGAAUUACAGGAAAAUAAAUGGAAGCAUUACCCAGCCUUAUAUUCUUUUGAGGGCUAAUUGCUCUGCUCACCAUUAUAACACAAUUCUUUACGGUCUAACCUGCCUGCCUCUUCUUCAUCACCUGCUUUUUCAGUGCAGUUCAGAAAGUGAUUGUUACCCCACCCCCACCCCGAGUCCUCUGAACAUUAUUUUCUCCAUAUUUCCUUUGCUUUCCUGUUCUACUCUGACCUCCUUGACUAUUCUUUGGACUCAGGAAAUGCACCAAGUGUACUUCUGCUUCAAUAUUCCAUGUUUCUUGACUAAAAUGAUCUCAGCAUAUCACCCCCGGCUUUGGUCAGACGUCAUGUGUUUGGAGAAGACGUCCUAGCACAUGCUUCGUUGUCGGUUCAUCUACUGUCUUUCUCCAGUGAACGCAUAAGACUCGGAUUUGGGUAUAAGCUUACAGUUGUUCGGAGGACAUGUACUCUUGUCCUCUAGGCAGCAUUCAAAAGACGCAGCUCAAUUCCGUAAAAGGAUUGCUGUUUCAACUCAGGGAAGCAGUAGCCUCGUUGUCUUUGUGUUUAAACUGCAGCAGCAACUUGGAGACCAACAAUGAAGCCAUGAUAUCUGAGAACAAAGGAGCAUUUGCCAACUAAAUGUCAGCACAUUUCACGGGAUUGUGGAACAACACUGCAGCAGACCUGUGUGUCAGCUAGCACAGCGAGAAUGUUGUCUUCCAGCACGACUUAUUGGAAGAGGUUUUAAUGUAGAUUCCUGAAAUUUGUCAUUUAUCAAAUGAAAUAAAAAUGAGUGAAGCCCCCAGAUUCUUUGUUGGGCCUGAAGAUGCAGAAAUAAACUCUGGAAAUUAUCGUCGCUUCUUCCACCACGCAGAUGAAGAGGAGGAGGAAGAGGAUGAGUCUCCACCAGAAAGGCAGAUUGUGGUUGGAAUAUGUUCCAUGGCAAAGAAAUCCAAAUCCAAACCCAUGAAGGAAAUUUUGGAACGGAUCUCCUUAUUUAAAUACAUCACAGUAGUAGUUUUUGAAGAGGAAGUAAUUUUGAACGAACCUGUGGAAAACUGGCCUUUAUGUGAUUGUCUUAUUUCUUUCCAUUCUAAAGGAUUUCCCCUGGACAAAGCAGUUGCCUAUGAAAAACUCAGGAAUCCAUUUGUAAUCAAUGACUUGAAUAUGCAGUAUCUCAUACAAGAUAGAAGAGACGUUUAUAGCAUUCUUCAAGCUGAAGGCAUCUUACUUCCUCGGUAUGCCAUUCUGAACCGUGAUCCAAAUAACCCGAAAGAGUGCAAUCUGAUUGAAGGAGAAGAUCAUGUAGAAGUCAAUGGGGAAGUUUUCCAAAAGCCAUUUGUAGAAAAGCCAGUCAGUGCAGAAGACCACAAUGUUUACAUUUAUUAUCCAACAUCUGCUGGUGGUGGAAGCCAGAGACUUUUCAGAAAGAUUGGCAGUAGAAGCAGUGUAUAUUCUCCAGAAAGCAGUGUGCGAAAAACGGGAUCAUAUAUAUACGAAGAGUUUAUGCCUACAGAUGGUACUGAUGUUAAGGUUUACACUGUGGGCCCAGACUAUGCUCAUGCUGAGGCUCGAAAAUCUCCGGCUCUCGAUGGCAAGGUUGAACGAGACAGUGAAGGGAAGGAAGUCAGGUACCCAGUCAUUCUCAAUGCACGGGAGAAGCUGAUUGCGUGGAAAGUCUGCCUCGCUUUCAAGCAAACAGUUUGUGGCUUUGAUUUGUUACGUGCCAAUGGACAGUCCUAUGUCUGUGAUGUCAAUGGCUUCAGUUUUGUGAAAAAUUCUAUGAAGUACUAUGAUGAUUGUGCAAAAAUACUUGGCAAUAUUGUCAUGCGAGAGCUUGCUCCACAGUUCCACAUCCCCUGGUCAAUACCCUUAGAAGCUGAAGACAUUCCCAUUGUACCAACCACAUCUGGAACGAUGAUGGAACUUCGGUGUGUCAUAGCUGUCAUACGACAUGGAGAUCGAACACCGAAACAGAAGAUGAAGAUGGAAGUGAGGCAUCAAAAGUUUUUUGAUCUUUUUGAAAAGUGUGAUGGCUAUAAGUCAAGGAAGUUAAAACUCAAGAAGCCAAAACAGUUACAGGAAGUCCUGGAUAUUGCACGGCAGCUUCUUAUGGAGCUGGGGCAAAACAAUGACUCUGAAAUUGAAGAAAACAAGUCAAAACUUGAACAACUUAAGACUGUGUUAGAGAUGUAUGGUCAUUUUUCUGGAAUAAAUCGUAAGGUCCAAUUGACCUAUCUCCCUCAUGGCUGUCCUAAAACGUCCAGUGAGGAGGAAGAUAACCGAAGAGAGGAGCCAUCCUUACUGCUGGUUCUCAAAUGGGGAGGAGAGCUAACUCCAGCAGGCAGGGUUCAGGCUGAAGAGCUGGGAAGAGCUUUUAGGUGUAUGUACCCUGGAGGUCAAGGAGAUUAUGCAGGGUUUCCUGGUUGUGGUCUGCUCCGAUUGCAUAGCACCUACCGACAUGACCUCAAAAUAUACGCCUCCGAUGAAGGGCGGGUCCAGAUGACUGCGGCUGCUUUUGCAAAGGGUCUGUUGGCUCUAGAAGGAGAGCUUACCCCCAUUCUGGUCCAGAUGGUGAAAAGUGCAAAUAUGAACGGCCUUUUGGACAGUGACAGCGACUCUUUAAGCAGUUGUCAGCAGCGUGUGAAAGCGAGGCUUCAUGAAAUCCUUCAGAAAGACAGAGAUUUUACAGCCGAAGACUAUGAGAAGCUUACUCCAUCUGGAAGCAUUUCUGUUAUCAAAUCAAUGCAUUUAAUUAAAAAUCCAGUGAAAACCUGUGACAAGGUAUAUUCCUUGAUUCAAAGUUUGACUUCUCAAAUCAGACAUCGGAUGGAAGAUCCCAUAUCAUCUGAUAUCCAGUUGUACCACAGUGAGACUCUGGAACUUAUGCUGCGGAGGUGGUCCAAGUUGGAGAAAGACUUUAAAACAAAGAAUGGAAGAUAUGAUAUUAGUAAAAUCCCUGACAUAUAUGACUGCAUCAAAUAUGAUGUUCAGCAUAACGGUUCCUUGAAGUUAGAAAAUACAAUGGAACUAUAUAGGCUUUCAAAGGCAUUGGCAGAUAUUGUCAUCCCUCAGGAAUAUGGUAUAACUAAAGCUGAAAAACUGGAGAUUGCCAAAGGCUACUGUACUCCUCUUGUUAGAAAAAUCCGGUCAGACCUUCAGAGGACACAAGAUGAUGAUACUGUAAAUAAACUCCAUCCUGUGUAUUCUAGAGGUGUCCUGUCUCCUGAACGCCAUGUCCGCACCAGACUGUAUUUUACUAGUGAAAGUCAUGUGCAUUCCUUAUUAUCCAUUCUUCGCUACGGCGCAUUAUGUGACGAAUCAAAGGAUGAGCAGUGGAAACGAGCCAUGGAUUAUUUAAAUGUUGUCAAUGAACUCAACUACAUGACUCAGAUUGUUAUCAUGCUUUAUGAGGAUCCUAACAAGGAUCUUUCCUCGGAGGAACGCUUUCAUGUUGAAUUACACUUUAGUCCUGGAGCCAAAGGCUGUGAAGAAGAUAAGAAUUUACCAUCUGGCUACGGGUAUAGGCCAGCUUCCAGGGAGAACGAAGGCAGAAGGUCUCUUAAAACUGAUGAUGAUGAACCUCAUACUUCUAAAAGAGAUGAAGUUGAUCGAGCUGUAAUAUUGUUUAAACCAAUGGUAUCAGAACCAAUUCAUAUACACCGGAAGUCACCACUUCCAAGGUCUAGGAAAGUGGCUACAAAUGAAGAAGAGAGCCCCCUGAGUGUGUCUAGCCCAGAGGGUACUGGUACCUGGCUGCAUUAUACCAGUGGUGUGGGUACUGGGCGUCGAAGACGCAGAUCAGGGGAACAAAUCACCUCUUCCCCUGUCUCCCCCAAAUCAUUGGCUUUCACAUCCAGUAUUUUUGGCUCAUGGCAACAGGUUGUAUCUGAAAAUGCCAACUAUCUUCGAACACCACGAACUCUUGUGGAGCAGAAGCAGAACCCUACUGUAGGGUCUCACUGUGCGGGCCUGUUUAGCACCUCAGUGCUCGGGGGUUCUUCAAGCGCUCCUAACCUACAGGAUUAUGCUCGUACUCAUCGUAGAAAGCUGACCUCCUCUGGCUGCAUAGAUGACGCCACACGCGGGUCUGCUGUUAAAAGGUUUUCUAUCUCAUUUGCUCGACACCCAACCAAUGAAUACCUAUACCUCUGUAGGUGCUGGUCUGCUUCCUCUGUGGAAUUUCUAGGCUCCGGUGGCUUUGAGCUGUAUUCCAUGGUCCCAUCGAUCUGUCCUCUGGAAACUCUUCACAAUGCCCUGUUUUUAAAGCAAGUGGAUGACUUUCUGGCUUCCAUUGCUUCUCCAUCAACUGAAGCUCUCCGCAAGGUCCCUGAAAUGUCCUCUAUGGCCUCACGUGCCAGUCCAGCAAUGAGAAGAAAAAUUUCCCUAAAUACGUAUACACCUGCAAAGAUCCUCCCCACACCACCGGCUGCCUUAAAGAGUUCUAAAGCAAGCGGCAAAGCAGUAGUCAGCGGGCCAUCUCCAGCAGCUACCUCAGCUCGGAAGAAGAGCUUAGCUGGCAAAACUGAGGGCCAAGAACACAAGAAAAGCACCGGGAAAAAAAGAUGAACUCACACCAGAAUCAAAAGUUCCCAUACUUAGAAAGGGACUUGUUGCUUAGCGAAAGAUUUGUAAGAAACCUUGACUGAAGCUGGUCAGAGCCAGUGAUACAUGCAUUACCAGACCUGACUUUAUACAUCUGUGUAUUUGCUUUAAACACCUCAAAAACCGGAGGACCCUGUGUUUUUAUUCUGAUGGAGAGCUUUGGCAGGAUCUAGAAAUGUUCAAAAUGUCUGUCAGCUUUCUGUGUGUGAAAAAUUCAUGACACCUGCUGCUGUCACUGUGAUGGUUACCGUGUGUCUGUGGCACAAAGGACGCAAAAAUCCGGCUGACUGGUACCAAAGUGCACUCUGAUCAGGUGAUUCUCUGCACACCUGAGUCUCCACAAGAUUGCAUUCAGUAAGACUGGACAGGCAAGAUCACCUGUUGAGGACUUUUCUUAAAGUGCAUUUCCAAAGAGAGCUCAUCGACCAUUUACAUUAGAAUUUUUUUUGUUAUUGUUACUAUAGCCUAUGCUGCGAUAUUUAUUGACUGGAAAAUAUAGAACAUGAAUUAUUUUUUCAAUUUGUGCUUUGAAUUUUAUAUUAUAAAUUAUUUAAAAUAUUACAAAUACAGGUGGGAGAACUAUACCUUUAUACACAUAAAUUUGCAAAUUCAUUUGUAGAAAAUAUUUUCUUUAUACAUUUCUUUACCAUAAAAGGUACUUGGUUCAUCCAGAAAAAUUUUGUUUUCUGUAUUAGCAAGAAAGGCAUUUUUUAGACUUUCUUUAUGAGCUGUAACUGCUAAGUUUGUAAAUCUUACACUUGAUUUUCAGAGUUUUUCUUGAGACCUAUAGACUCAGAUCCAAAAUGGGAGUUGUUAAUGUUAAACUGAAUUCUGCUGUUAAUAAGUGUCAUCUAUGAUACGUUUCUUGUGUUUCCAUUCUUAUGUUCAAUGUAUUUGUUGAUUUCAUCAAAAAAAUCAAAGAUAGUAAGUAAAUGCCAUUUAUAAAUGAUAAGAUUUGGGAGAUUGAGAUCACUGUUGUAAUUUCAUCUAAUAUUUUUACAAAAAGAAGAAAUCAUCAUCCUUGGUGCUUUUUCCCCUUGAUGCACAAAUAAUUGUACGAAACAUUUAAAAUGAUUUAGAAACUAAACAGUGCAGCCUGCUAAAUAACAAUCUCAAGCAUUGGAUGUGACAGGACUUUAAGUAGUCAGCUGUAGCUUCAACUUAUAUUUAGUACUACUGGACCCUUACUGUAUAAAUACAGUUACUGUAAUGCUUCAAAAGUGACUUCUAACCUUACAGUUCCUCAUCUUACAGGAACUGACUUGUAGAGAAUAGGCAUAUUAUAUUAUCUUGGUUGUUUUAAAAGGGAUGAGAUACAAACGUUACAAAUGUAUACAAUUAAAUAAGUUCAUAUACUUCACUUGAAUGUAAAUGGAUUAUAUGGUGAUGUAUCUUGUAAACAAAUGAAUGUAUGUUAGUUUUCUGUAUGUGAAUAUGUGAUUAAUGUGUUUAUGGCGGGGUGAGGAUACUACUUUAUUUUUUAAGUGGAAUGAAUUAAAAUUCUUUCUAGAAUAAGAGUGA